GCAAGCAGGCCGUGGCAUAAAAGUCGAGCCCAAGUAGGCCCUAGACCCCUACCUGGAAACACACGCUCCCCACAAUCCCCAUUCAGUCUACAAGCGUUCUAGUAGCAAUACAAUAAAAUAAGUGAAAGAAAAACGUUGCAAAAUGUCUUCAGCUCGUGGGGAGGAAUUCUUGACGCUGCAGCGUCUCUACCAGUGGAUUCGUCUGCCAUUUUUCUACAAGGAGCGCCACGCCGUGGAGGCUCUUCCGACGGUGCCUGUGAAGAGGCGGGCUCCACUGCGCGACCACAAGAUGAAGCUCAACAUCGCCGAUCGCUACCGCGACGAGGACAACGACGACGACUCCAGCGGCGACUCGGAGGAGGACGACAUUUUCGUCUACAAGGACAUCAUGAGCGACUCCAGUGGCGAUGAGGAUUCUGCUUUCAAUACUGACAUAGAGUCGGAUAGCGAGGCCGACUGGGACACCGACUCGGACUAUUAUUUCGGAUAUAUUGACUCGGAUUACUCGGAUAUGUCCACAGAUUCGGACACAGAUUCCGGAUUCAGCUCGGACUGAGAAAUAUCCACUCCGAGGAUUAGAGAAAUAAAUGUAAUUGCCCAUCGAGGCGGCCCCAUUGAUAA